UCAGUUAUUCAUGUGGGACUGAGGGCUGAAGGGAUGUGGAGUGUAUUAUGGAAUGCGUGCCAAGGAGAACAACAUGAUGGUUACAGCGUGUUCAGGAGAGAAGAGGCGACGGAUGGUCGCAGGCUAUAGUGGCCGUCACCCCCAGUCCAAGCCUGACAGUGAGGAUGAAGACGAUACUCCCAUGACCUCCAUUGGUGUUGCGGUCCGAGGCCUCCCCCUGGCCUUGGCGUCCAUGACACAGGUUGCUACCUCAGACUCACGCUUCCACCCUAAAUGGCGAGCGAUCACUGUGGCAACCCUGCUGGCUUUAGUGCUCAUGCUAUACCUGCACCGGACAAUCGGGGACAGAGACACUACUACCAGAGGUUACUACCGCAGCAGGGUUCACAGUUUGCAGAUACACAGAGAAGGUGAGGAAGACAUCUUCAGGGACACUAACAGACAAACUGCACAAAGCUCCCGUCACCAGAAAAGGGAAAAGCCUUACAAUGACACAUACCCGUUAAGCCCACCAGUGAAGACAAAGCACGGGAUCCGUUACCGCAUCGGUGUGAUCGCAGACCUGGACACGGCGUCUCGUAGCUCUAAGGAUCAGACGUGGUUCAGCUACAUGAAAAGAGGCUACCUGACUGUUUCAGUUAGUGCAGACAGACUGGAGGUGGAGUGGGAUGCUGAGAUGGUCACUCUGGAGAGUCAUCUGGCUGAGAAAGGACGAGGUAUGGAGCUGUCCGAGCUGGUGGUGUUCAAUGGUCACCUGUACAGUGUGGACGACCGUACAGGUGUGGUAUACAGGAUCGAGGGCAACCAGGCUGUCCCCUGGGUUAUAUUACCUGACGGUGACGGCUCAGUCUCCAAAGGAUUCAAGGCAGAGUGGCUGGCAGUGAAGGAUGAGCACCUGUAUGUUGGCGGCCUGGGGAAGGAGUGGACCACGACCUCUGGGGUAGUCGUCAACAACAACCCAGAGUGGGUGAAAGUUGUUGGCUACCAUGGUGAUGUGGAGCAUGAGAACUGGGUUCCAUACUAUAACGCCCUGCGGAGCGCAACAGGAAUCCAACCACCAGGCUACCUUAUCCAUGAAUCGGCAGCGUGGAGCGAGCGUCUCCAGCACUGGUUCUUCCUCCCUCGCCGUGCCAGUCACGAGCACUACGAAGAGACUGCAGACGAGCGUCGUGCCACCAACCUCCUCCUGUCCUGCCCCGCAGAUUUCACCUACGUGUCAGUACGGCAAGUGGGACCACUCAACCCAACCCACGGCUUCUCCUCCUUCAAAUUUGUUCCAGACACGGACGAUCAGAUCAUUGUGGCCCUGAAGUCCGAGGAGGAUGCAGGCAGGAUUGCCACCUACAUCAUUGCAUUUACGCUCGAUGGUCAGGUACUGAUGCCUGAGACAAAGAUAGGGGAUGUGAAGUAUGAAGGGCUGGAGUUUAUCUGACAAAGACAGGACAGAAGGUGCACAUGUUCCUGAUGGCAAAAUCUGUAGGGGUCCUUCAUGGGUAAAAGAUUAAGAAGGAGACUCUAUUUAUGCAACACUGCUGUUGUUUUGAGUCCUAAGUAUUUUAUUCCACUCUCAGUCCUACUGUGCAAUAAUGUCGUUUGACCCAAAGUUAUAUAUUUUAUAAUUAUUUGGUAUGAUAAUUGAGAGGAGGAAGAGAAGGUAAAAGGGCAGGAGAAUGUCACACCACCACCAACAAGUACCAGCAGUAGACCAGUUCAGUUUGUGUGUGACUGGUUUGGGAAGUCAGUCUAUGACUAGCUAAACUCAUCAGUCACCACCCAAUAAGAAUUUUUAAUGUUUUAAAGUCUUAACUUCUCCAUAUCAGGGCUGGUAGAUUGAGAUUUUUUUAAUCUAAACAUUGAGCUAAACAUUGUUUGAUUACACACUACUGAUUUUCCAGAGGAGUUGGGCUAAAAAAAAAAAAAAACUUUUCUAGCUGUCAUUAUACAGAAGUGUAAUGCAUUCAUAGAGGAAAAACUGUUUCCCCGUUUCAUUAAAAAAUGAGAUUAUCUCAGAAUUCCGAGAAAAGUUUUUAUGGAAAAAUCUGCUGUGUUUAGUUUUUCUCAAUUAACAAAAUAUGUCAAAAUCCUGCAAGAAGCUCUGACCUGCAUGGAGCACAGCUGCUGCUGCUAAUCAGCCUGACCCUCCAGCACUGCUAUAACAAAGUAAUAACAAUACCGUCUGUAUUCUGUAGCAGGACAUUUUUGUUUACGUGAAAUCAAGUCUCCUGGGAUGUUGAGAUAUCAAUAAUUCAGAAAAACGAGCAGAAACUUUUCUCAGAACUCAACAAUUUCAGAACAGGGCAAACAUUUUUUCCUGAAGUGAAUGCGUCAUGCUUCUGUGUCAGUCUGUCAGACAUCAGGUAAUUUGGAUCUCUUCUCCUGCAGCCAAACUCUGCUGGUCAGACACUCAGGGGGAACACGGUGAAACAGGAUAAAACAUAAAAGAAAUAUAAAUGAAUGUCCUUAAAUUACUUGAAAUCUUAAACUUACUCAUUGUUUGGUGUUUUAUCUGACCUCAACACACUGAAUUCUCUGCUUUCAGAUUCAUAUUGAUGUAAUGGGUGCAGUUGCUUCAAACUGUAUGUGACUCAGUCUUUCUGAGCAGGUCCACCUCACACAUUGGCUCACAUUAAUAAACUGAAGAUCAUUUGCGUCUCGAGCCUGAGAUCAAGUGAAACACCAGCUGUUUUAUUUAAAGAUUACUAAUUCAUAUACUCCUUUUGUAUCCUGUCAAAACAAAUAAUUAAAAGAUCUACUCUUG